UGUGAUUGUGGGGCUGGAAAAGUUUUUUUUGAGCUGGACAUGGAAAUGAAACUCAUGCAAUUUCUCAUGGGUUUAAAUGAAGUUUUUGAGCCUGUCAAGAAUCAGAUAUUGUUACUUGAACCUCUCCCCACCAUUAACAAGGCCUACUCUAUGUUAUUGAAAGUGGAGAAGCAGAAAGGCCUAUAUGCUGGAAUGAAUCAAUUUGAAAACUCAGCUAUGCUAGUGAAGAGUAGUUUUGGGAGAGGAACAGGUAGAGGACAGAACUUUGGACGUGGUAAUGGAGGAAGGAAUUUUUCUGGACAACAAUUUAACAAUGGUGGUAGAGGAAGAAAUAUACCAAGGCUGUCUAAGGAAGAAAGGGCUAAACUUCUUUGCACUCAUUGUGGAUACAAUGGUCAUGACAUCCAAAGUUGCUUCAAACUCAAUGGCUACCCAGAUUGGUUUAAGGAACUAAGGGAGCAAAGGCAGAACCAAAAU